GUUUAUGGACAACGAGCUGGAGUGAGGGGAUAGUGUGUUGUCGUGUGACUUUUACAUUUUCCUUAGUAUCUGAGAAGUAAACUAAACCAAACGUAUAUUCAAGGAUUGUGACACUUUCAAACUACAGCACAAACUCCAAUUGAACUUAUCUUCAACUGCCACCAUGUUGGAAGACAAGAAGACCAAGGUGAAGAUCACCUUCCUGGUUAUCCUGGUGGGCAUCUCAUCCAUGUUGGCAGCAGUGGUGACGGACCACUGGGCAGUACUGAGUCCCAGAGUGGAGCGGCUCAACACCACCUGCGAAGCGGCCCAUUUUGGACUCUGGAGGCUGUGUAAAAAGAGUAUCUUCAUUGUGGAGGAAGACCCUCAUGGCAAAGGAUGUGGUCCCAUCAGCCUGCCAGGAGUGAAGAACUGCUCCUACUUCAAACACUUCACAUCAGGGGAGGAGGCCGAAGUUUUUGAAGUUAAGACUCAGAAAGAAUACAACAUCUCAGCUGCUGCUAUAGCCAUCUUCAGCUUGGCCUUCAUGACUCUGGGCAGCCUUUGCCUCCUGGGGGCUUUUGGGAAGGGCAGAGACUACCUACUGAGACCAGCUGGCAUGUUCUUUGCUUUCGCAGGUCUGUGUAUCGUCAUCUCUGUGGAGGUCAUGAGGCAGUCGGUCAAACGCAUGAUUGACAGUGACGAGACCAUAUGGUUUGAGUACUACUACUCGUGGUCGUUCACUUGUGCCUGCGCGGCUUUCACCCUCCUCUUCCUCAGCGGUGUCAGCCUGUUCAUCAUCUCUAUGCCACACAUGCCGAGAAACCCCUGGGAGACCUGCAUGGAUGCUGAACCAGAGCCCAUAGACUAGUAUGGCGUUAACUGCAGAGCACAGCUCACCAUACGACUGACCAUGGAUUCAUGCUAGAAGUGUGAAUGACAAUGAGAUGCAAUGAUGCAUUGUAUUGAUAAGUGAUAAAGAUGCAUUCAUAUUUUUAAUUGAAUUAACACAGACAGAAGUGACACCUUUAAGUUCUAAAUAUCUAUAUUAAGUUCAAUAUCUAUAACAUAAAUUUUAUAAGUUUUAUGGUAUUCAGUAAUCUGAAAACAUUUCUACAGUAUGUGCAUUCAUGCUUAUGAGCAAUAGAUGAUGCUUAGAAUGGAAAUUUAUAGACUUUGUAAUGAUAUGCAAAAUACAUAAUGCAUUAUUUCUGAAACAGUGCCACUAGAAUGCAACAAAUCAAAGUUUUUGAUGAAUUUUUGUUGUAUGACAGCUUUCCAGUUUCAGCAAAUACGGACUGCACUUUAGAAAGAGGUGAAACUAUUAACAUUAUUAAUACAGGUUUAUACUUUUACAGCUCUCCAGGCUUUGCUAUAUAAUUUUAUGCAUGUCACAUGUCAAGUAAAUGUGAUCUGCCCCUGCGCUGUCAAUCAAGCAAACCAACAUACUCACUGAGCUACAGAAUUAUUGUGCUAUUCAUAGUGGCCCUCAAAAUGUAUUUGAACACUUAAGCCACAUUCCACUGCAUUAGAUAAAAAAAAAUAAAAAAUAGUAAUAAGUGGAUUUAUUUUAAAGAUAGCACAAGCACACUAUUCAAGCUCAAUUUUUUUUUAGCUUGUUAGGUUUGAAAUGAUAAAACAUAUGUUAGUGGAACAUGCCCAUAAUUAAUGUGAUGAACUACACCUGUGGUAACACCUGUGUGAACUUGAAGGGAACUGAUUUAAUAUUUUCAUAGAAAAAAAAAAAAAAAAAAAAAAAAAAGCCUUGCUGUCUCAGUUGGUUCUGUCAAGUCAUUGCAACUUUUGGCUUGAGUGUUCAAAGUAAGUCUUUGUUAAUCUCUGUACCUCAGUAUUUUGAUUGUAACUAUACAAUGAAGCAGCAGUGACAGUGAAGAUUUUGUUACAUAUUAUAAGUUUUGAACAUAAGAGUUUUCAUUUGGAAUAUAAGUGUUGCAAAGCAAGUUAAAAAUAUGAAAAAUAAGAAGGUCAUUAGGCAAAAAUUUUAGGGCUCAAAAUGUUGUUACAGUUCAUGCUUAAAUCGUGAUGCAUUUCAUGUAUAGGUGCAGGUGCUUUCGAAUAAGAAUAUUAUAGUGAAUACACUGCAGUGUUAAAGCGGCACUAACAUAAUUCACUAACUAUAAGUUAAGCCUCACAUGGGCUAAAACACUUAAUCUCCAUUUAUUAAUAAAGCAAUAGCAUCUUCCCAUCAUUGAAAGUCAACAUGUAAUCAAAUAGAUCAUAGAUCAGCAUUAGCGGCCUCAUGCCUGCGGCCAAAUCUCAGCCGUGCUGAUAUAGGGUAAUACAGCACUCUUGCGAUAUUGCUUUAUUAUCCAUCUCUACAGUUAAGUUUUUGCUGACAUCACUAAGCCACCACUUGUCAUACAGAGUCCACUUUCACCAUCCAAUCAAAUAUUGAUAAAAUCAAGUCCUGUUCUACAUUUUGUUCUUGUUGAAUAUUGUAUUUCAGUCAAAAAUAUGUCACAUUAUACAAGUAAAAUGGGUUGCAAAUGCUGUUUCUCGUUGACUUUAAGGGGUUUUCCUGUGACCAGUGGGCAAAUAACAGAAUCUUGUGUGAAUUUUCUGAAUAAUUACUGCUGACAAUGUAUUUAAGUUUAAAGGUGCUAUAAGUAAUAUUUUUUACUGUGCUAAAUCAUAAAAUUACCUUAAUAUGUCAUUAGAGAAUUAGGAAACAUGCUAAGUUGAAAUACUAGCAUAAUAAUGCUACAGCCAGUACAUUCUACUUUUAAGUUUCCAUUCCAGGCCAGAAUUUCUGUUUGUGUUUUGGCCUGUGUGAUCCCGCCCACUGCCCACUCACCAAUAGUAUUUCGACACCGCCGGGUUGCCAGAUUUGAACAAGUUUGCAGGCAAACAACACUGCAUGCUGCAGCCAUGGAAGCCAACAAACAAACUGGAUCAGAGAUAACAGAUUCCACCCAACCUAAAAGCCUCGCCAUCCGUCUAAAAACCAUCAUGACUAGAGGUGUAGUAAAACAAGGAUAAAUAUUGGAGAUGCCUUUCGAAGAUCAUAAAUCCUUUAAAACGGAUGCUGAGUUGGCUAAUUUGCGUGUCAACAUUCUGGCAACCCGCAUGAGCCUCGAGUCUGGGGCGGGGCAGACAACUCUCCAAUAUUUUGAAUUUGGACUGCUGUACCCAUUUCAAACGCUUGUUGUCAAUCUUACAUAUAGCACCUUUAAAAAAGGCAGCUUGCAUUGUUAAUAACUUCAUGAAAAUUGUUCUCUUAAAGCAGUUUUCGGUUCACUAACCACCUCCUGAUCAUGAGAAUAUGUCUUAUUGGUCUCAUAAAUUUAGAGAAGCGCUUUAUUUAUUUAUUUUUUUGUAUUUUGAUAAGGAGAGUACAAAAAAAAAAAAAAAAAAGAAAAAGUGUGUUCAAAAGUUGUUCCCUAAUAAAAUCUCACCAAGUAGUUUGA